GUUUGCUCAUGCUGAUGUCUCGAAGACUCAACAAUGGCUCAAUCCCUCAAGAACCUAAAACAAGACUUCGUCUCGAAUCUUACCGGCGGGACGAUCAAUGAAAUAAACCUCGUGACAGCGGUUGCGCCGGCAACCUAUAUUCUCUAUGCUGCACUGCAAACACGACUGGGAUUUUUUAAAUAUUAUGGACCACUACAAUUCGCCGUAGACUUCUUACUGAGCGCUGUAGCGAUAUUAUUUUCUACAACAUUAUACUCGUCCUUCCCGCUAUUACUAAACCUGCUUAUCGUAUCCCCGGCAAUCCUAUUGCACCUUGGUCAAUCCCGAAACACAAAACGUCCGGCAAAGCCUAGGUCUCAGAAUGUUGAGAAGGAAACCAGCUCGGCACCCGAAUUUCCGAAAAAGGCAUUCAUAACGGUGUACAGGGGCAGCAUGAUGGUAAUCACAUGUUGCGCAAUCUUAGCAGUGGACUUUAGAGUCUUCCCGCGAAGGUUCGCAAAGGUGGAGAAUUGGGGCACUUCGCUGAUGGACACUGGUGUUGGGUCGUUUGUCUUUUCUGCUGGGAUGAUGAGCGCGAAGUCGGUGAUUAAAGACUACCUUGCGAAGCGCGCUUCGGAACCGUUAGGAGCGAGGCUGAAGAGUGCUAUGAGAGCGUCGCUGCCGCUGCUAGCGCUAGGUAUUGUUAGGUUGAUUAUGGUCAAGGGUGUGGAUUACGCCGAGCACGUUACCGAGUACGGGGUUCAUUGGAACUUUUUUUUCACCCUCGGAUUCUUGCCGCCAUUGUUGGCUAUCUUACAGUCGGUUUCGCCCGCGGCUUCUAGAAUGGGGAUUAACCCUACUUUUGUGUAUACCCUCUUGAGUCUAGUCACUGCGGUCGGGUAUCAAGUUGUUCUUGAAAAGACUGGAUUAAAGGCGUUUGUCCUUGUCGGAAACAGGAACCAAUAUGGCUUGAUAUCACAAAACAAAGAAGGAAUUAGCAGUUUCGCUGGGUACCUCUCUAUCUUCCUGGCAGGGAUGGCCACUGGGAUGUAUACCCUUCCCCGAGACACCCAAUCUCAGCGCUUUGGUCUUUUGAAAAAGAUUGUAGGGUGGUGUCUCUUCUGGACCAUAUCGUUUAUGAUCACCAAAGAGCGCUGGGGGUUCGACAUUGCCGUCUCCAGACGUUUAGCAAACCUCCCAUAUAUUCUCUGGGUUGCCUCUUUCAACACUGCACAAGUCACGGCGUUUUAUCUCGUCGAAAGAGGAUACUUCCGCGGGGCUGAGUAUAGCGUUGCUGUGCCCAAAGUUUUAGAAGCAUUCAACAGGAAUGGGUUAGCGAUUUUCUUAGUGGCAAAUCUUUUCACGGGGGUGGUUAAUAUUUCGAUUAACACCUUGGAGUGUCGGAGGAUACCGGCUAUGGGAGUGCUUACUUCUUACAUACUUGUUUUGACGUUGUUGGCGGUAGGGUUGGAUGUUAAAAACCUCAGCAUUAAGUUAUGA